AUGCCUACUAUUGCACCUAAUGCAUCAGCUCAAUAUCAAGCUUUGGAAUUAAUUCAAGAGGCAAAAUCUAAAAUAAGUGAAUCAUACAAAAAAAAUACAAAUCAGAUCUUUGCACAACCUUCCAUUAAAUCUACAACUGAUACUCAUCUAAUUUUUCUUUCAAGCUCUACAGUGACAUAUUUGUCUGCAGAAGAAGUUAAUGCAUUAUUAGAUUCUCUUAAUGCCCAAAAAAUUGAAUUAAGUAAUGUAGCUAUUUUGGAAGACUUCACCAUUUUAUCUUCUAUUGGUCUUUCACAUAAAUUCGACCCUUCUAAUUUACUGGAGGCACUUUCUGAUACCAAAUAA